AUGAUGUCAUCAUGGUUUCUUCGCCGUUUGGCAGGGCUUUUCACUCUUACGGGGCUGAUCGUAUCCACGUCAGCCGCAGGGACGGCUGACUGGAAACCCAGGUCGAUCUAUCAAACCAUGACUGAUCGCUUCGCCCGCACAGACGGAUCGACCACAGCACCAUGCAACACAACGGCAGGUCUCUACUGUGGAGGUACAUGGCGAGGUACCAUCGACAAGCUCGACUACAUUCAAGGCAUGGGUUUCGAUGCUGUUAUGAUCUCUCCAAUCAUCGAAAACAUCGACGGACGCGUUGAAUAUGGCGAAGCCUACCAUGGGUACUGGCCAUUGAAUUUAAACAAUCUUAACUCCAAGUUCGGUACGCAUCAGGAUCUGCUCGACCUCGGUGCCGCCCUUCAUGCCCGAGGAAUGUACUUCAUGAUGGAUACCGUCAUCAACAACAUGGCCUAUAUCACGAAUGGCAGUAACCCUGCCACUCAUAUCGACUAUUCCGUUCUCACUCCUUUCGACAACGCCGACUACUUCCAUCCCUACUGUAAGAUCACGGAAUGGGAAAACAUGACCAAUGCACAGCUCUGUCAAACGGGUGAUAAUGUCGUGGCACUGCCCGAUCUUUAUACGGAGCAUGAAGAGGUUCAAAAUCUUCUAAUUAAGUGGGCCAAGAACGCGAUCAAGACAUAUUCCAUCGACGGCCUGCGCAUCGAUGCAGCCAAGCACGUCACUCCAAGCUUUCUCCCGAAUUUUGCCAAGGGCAUUGACAAUACGUUCAUGACUGGUGAGGUCCUUGAAGGUGGCAUCGACAUUAUUUCCGACUACCAGCGUAAUUAUAUCGCCAGUGUCCCGAAUUAUCCGGUCUACUUUGAAAUUCUGAGUGCUUUCACUCUGGGAAACACGAGCCAAUUAGCCCUUGAAGUUGAAAACAUGAGGGUCUCCUGCCCUGAUGUCAACGCCCUUACUUCUUUCUCCGAAAACCACGACAAGCCUCGAAUUGCUAGCUAUUCGAAGGACAUGUCGAUCGCCAAGAAUGUUCUGGUCUUCACCAUGCUCUUUGAUGGCAUUCCGAUGAUUUAUCAAGGCCAGGAGCAACACCUUGCCGGCAGUGGCACGCCCGAUAAUCGAGAAGCCAUCUGGCUGACCAAAUAUGACACCGAUGCGGUGCUUUACAAACUGAUCGCCAAGCUCAACGCCAUCCGGAAACACGCCUACACUCUGAGCAGCGAUUACCUUAACCUACCGACACACACAAUCUACCAAGACAGCAGUGCGCUCGCCUUCACAAAAGGUGUCGAGGGCCGCCAAGUGGUGAUGCUUUUGUCCACUCAGCCCUCAACCAGCACAUACUAUACUAUCAACCUGUUUAACAGCUACAACGCUGGCAUAGAUCUGGUGGAUGUACUCAACUGUAAGAACUACACGGUUGAUAAUGCAGGCACGCUGGCGGUCGAUAUGAACAAGGGUGAGCCACGUGUAUUCUUCCCUUCAGAAUACAUGGAUGGCAGUGGUCUUUGUGGCUAUGCUGCCUCGAAUGCUUCUUUGGCCUCCAUCAAGACUGGCAAAGACAUUACUUCCUAUUCCGCCGGUGUCAAGACCAUUGGAAAUACUGCUUUGGUGUGUCUGUUGACUGCAGUGAUGAGCUAUGUGAUGAUCCUAUGA